AAAAUGCGAAUAUCUGGAACCUUAAUCACUUGUACAAUACUUGACUUUUUUAUACACUUGACCACAGCGUUUUAUUUUGGUCGUUUAUAUCCAUACGUUGUUUUGGUGGCACUGGGACAUUGCAACCAAAUGCUUGGAAUAUUGGUUCAACUAUAUUUACAUUAGACUUGGGGUUCAAUACCCCUAUACCACUUGAUACCUUGUCAAACAAGUGGCAAGCUGUACUUUCUACCAAUGCUUUUGACCCUGAGUUAAGAGGACUGUGCCAAAUUGCAACGUUACCAAACGGCUAUCAAAUUGUUCUUCAAGGUGGUAAUGAUCCAAACAUGUUAAACGAUACGAUUCUAUUUGAUGGAUCCCAAAAAACUUGGCAAAAGCUUACACCUUAUACGCGGUCGAACGGUACAAAGAUCUGGGGAGGAACUGCUACAAAUCUACCUUCAGUUACUAUGGAUACUAUUGGUUUCUUUGGAGGCACAACUGGCGUUUUCUUAUCUGAGGCAGCUUCAGUACCCAAGGUCACAGGAUCUCCAGGAUUUACAAAUCUAACCGUUUUCAAUACGACAUCCAAGGUAAUGUUGGAUACAUUUUGUAAAGAGGAUGCUUAUCAGCAUUAAAUUAGACUUGGAGUUACUUUAGUCCUCAAAACAAUGUACCUAGUGCACUUCCAAUCUUUCAUACAGCAACUCUCGACUCUAAAUCAGGUAUUAUAUAUUACCUUGGUGGUGAAAUAAUUGGUGCUAUACAGCCGUCUAUUUCCCAAUUAUCAUGGGGAUACACAUUUAAUACAGCAAAUGGAAAUUGGAAUAUUUGCAACUACACUGCACCAGACGAUAAUUUCCCUUCAGGCAGAGUGUAUCAUACUAGCACAAUGGGUUAGUAUUCCUUCUUUAUUUGAUGUGCUCUGAUUUAACAAGUAUUUAGCUCCUAAUUCUCAGCAUAUUAUCCUAUUUGGAGGAGCAGAUUCUGCAAA